GGUCCAGCCGCUGACCCCGCUGGGAUCCCGCGCCCUCGGUCCCCGCGUCCACUUCCCGUCCGGUCCGCGGCAGGCGCCGCCCUCCGGUCCCCGCCCGUCCCGGGAGGUUCUGUGGCUGCGGGUCUGGGUCCGCGCGGGGCACAAGGACGCCAGCGCCCGGGCCUGUGGCAGAGGAAGGCUCGCCCCGCGCACAGUCUGACUUAAACAUCUCUGAUGGCUAACGAAGCUUACCCUUGUCCGUGUGACAUUGGCCAUAGACUAGAGUAUGGAGGGAUGGGCCAUGAACUUCAAGUUGAGCACAUCAAGGCUUAUGUCACCAAGUCCCCUGUUGCUGCAGGCAAAGCUGUGAUUGUCAUUCAAGAUAUAUUUGGCUGGCAGUUGCCUAAUACCAGGUAUAUGGCUGACAUGAUCGCAGCAAAUGGAUACACAACCAUUGUUCCAGACUUCUUUGUAGGGCAGGAGCCGUGGGACCCCUCUGCCGACUGGUCCAUCUUCCCCGAGUGGUUGAAAACAAGGAAUGCCCGGAAGAUCGAUAAAGAGGUUGACGCUGUCUUGAGGUAUCUGAAAGAACAGUGUCAAGCCCAGAAAAUUGGCGUCGUGGGAUUCUGCUGGGGUGGAACUGCUGUCCAUCAUUUGAUGAUAAAAUACUCCGAGUUCAGGGCCGGGGUCUCCAUUUAUGGCAUCGUCAAGGAUUCUGAAGACAUUUAUAGUUUAAAGAACCCCACGCUGUUCAUUUUUGCUGAAAAUGACGUUGUGAUUCCACUUGAGCAAGUCUCUUUGCUGACCCAGAAGCUGAAGGAACACUGCAAAGUUGAUUAUCAAAUUAAAACGUUUUCUGGGCAAACUCAUGGGUUCGUGCAUAGAAAGAGAGAAGACUGUUCACCUGCUGACAAGCCCUACAUUGAUGAGGCAAGAAGGAAUUUACUUGAGUGGCUGAACAAGUACAUUUAGUCAUAAUCAAGUGCAACUUUCCUAAAAUAGCUGUUAUCCAGAAAACUGUUUUCAAACAUUUACAUCAUUUAAUUUUCACUUUAUGUAAAAUAAAUUUAGAAAUUCUGAAAUUACUUUGUCUGAAACUCAAAUUCAGUAGGAAUGUUAAUGUAUGACAUAAUUGAAUUUUGAAUGUGCGUAUCAAAUAAAAAUUUGAAAACUAGGUCAGUACCUGGAGAGUUUGAAUGCUAAAGUAGUACCCUAAUUAUUAAUAAAAACCUAGGGCUAUUCAAGAACCUGGUGACAA